AUUUGCUAUUUUACUCAUGACAGAGAUUGGGCAACAAACACAUCUGUUUAUGUGUUUCACGCAUCUGACUUGACAAAGAAAGACAUGCCUCCAGCAAGGCAUGACCGUGCUUGGGUCUACCAUAACGCAGAAGCGCCUAAAAACGACCAGGCGGAUUUGAUCAACCAAAUGCAAUACAGUAUGACUUAUCGCUUAGACUCUGAUUUUCCUUGGGGAUAUCUCGAGCAGAAACAGCUGCUGCCGUCCAUGACAACGCCCAUAGUCGCUGCUAAACCAAAAAGAAGGGCUUCAGUAGCAUGGAUUGUCUCCAACUGCAAAGCGUCAAACUAUCGACAUCAUUUUGUUCGAAAACUAGCACAGUACAUCGAUAUUGAUAUUUAUGGCCAUUGCAUGAACAACCAGCCAUUUCCUGACGAUACAAGCACUGUGGAGGAAAAUUUGCAAUGGUAA